AUGCCUCCGGUCAAAGUGAAUGUUAAAUGGAAAGGAAAAAAUUAUGAGGUGGAACUUGAUACUGAUGCGUCAGCCAGUGAUUUCAAGGCUCAACUCUUUUCCAUGACCGAGGUUGAACCUAGCAGGCAAAAGAUCAUGAUUAAGGGUGGAAUUUUGAAGGAUGACACCGAUCUUAAAACACUCAAUAUUAAAGAGGGUGCUUCAAUUAUGUUACCAAAAGAACCGGCUAAAAAAACACUAUUUAUAGAAGAUAUGACAGAUAGGCAAUUGGCAGAAACUGUUAGUCAACUUAUAUUUUUAUCACAUAUCUUUAUCACACAGCUUAUUUUGAUGCUAAUUUCUCGUCUGAAAAACUUGGGUAAUACUUGCUAUAUGAAUGCCACUUUACAAUGUCUUCGUACCAUACCUGAAUUACAAGAAUCGCUGAACAGGUUUCCCAACAGUGUUACGAGUCCAGAUUUGCAGAUAACUCUUACAACAUCUUUACGUGAUCUUUAUAAACAGUUGAAUCGAACCACAGAAAGCUAUGUGCCAUUUACUUUCUUGCAGGCGCUUAGAAGUGCUUUUCCUCAAUUUGACCAACGUAACGCUAACGGUUACAUGCAACAAGACGCUGAAGAAUGUUGGACUCAAAUUGUUACUAGUUUGAAUAAUGCAAAUAUUCCAGUACAUAGACUACAGGAUGGCUCAACUUCAUCAGAAGGGUCAACAUCAUCAUCUUCAAAUGAUUAUUUUGUUAAACAUCAAAUUAUUAAUUUAAUCAUCAGUUUAAAGUGCGUCGACGCUCCAGAUGAACCGGAGUCUACCACUCAUUCGACUUUUACGAAGUUGAGCUGUAUUACUUCAGAAAAAGACUUAAAUUAUAUGCAAAGUGGCAUAUUAAUGGCCUUAGAUGAGAAUAUAGAAAAAGAUUCACCUAGUUUAGGUCACAUUGCCAAUUAUACUAAAAUUUCGCGUAUUAGUCGCCUACCUUCAUACCUUACAGUUGGAUUUGUGCGAUUCUGGUGGAAGAAUAAUCGUCAAAUUAGGACCAAGAUUACACGCAGAGUCCAAUUUCCUUUUGAUUAUGAUGCAUAUGAUUUAUGUACAGAUGAAUUAAAACAAAAAAUUGGACCUUUGAGAGCUCACAUCCUUGAACGCGAAAAAGAAAAAGAUAGUGCUAAGCGUAAAGCAAAACUCUCGGUGAAUUCCAACGAAAAGGAAACUGCCGAGUCUAAAAAUGACAGUAAUGUUAGUGAAGUUGAUGAAGAAGUCAAAAAAUUAAUUGAUCCAGAUUUAGAAAAAGAUAUUGGAGCUAAUGUGUCAGGAUUAUAUGAGCUUUGUGCCGUGCUUACUCACAUUGGACGGUCAGCAGAUUCUGGGCAUUACAUUGGUUGGGCGCGUAAACAUGAUUCACCUGAGGAGUGGGUAAAAUACGAUGAUGACAAAGUCUCAAUCGUGCCACAAUCAGAGAUUCAAAAGCUUGACGGUGGUGGUGGUAGUGCGUAUUGA